CGUUUGCAGUUGGUGACCCGUCGCAGGGCGACGAAGAAGAGGAAGCACGUGCCGCUCACGGAGGAGAUGCUCAACGAACUCAAUAAGGAUCACAUGGGGGGGGUGGAGAGCUUGCAGUCGCAUUCCGAUUUCAACACGAACCUGAACAUGGGGAUGUCUUACAAGUACCACGACCCGACCCUGGACCUGUGGAACAACGACAGUCUCUUCUACGAUCCUCGGAAAGCCGUUCGCGACCGGAAGACGCCCGUGAGCCGCUCGCAUUCGCCUGCGGGGUAUCCCGGAACGGGGAACGGGAACAUCUACGACUCCUGGCGGACGGAUUGGUCGGGUUAUAACACGGUCGUCCAACCUGGAUUCUCCCUGUACAAUCCCCGGGCGACCAGGGACUACGAUACAGAGUUUUAAACCGGCUGUGAUAGUGAUCCGAGAAACCACCUGCCCUCACACAGUUUAUCCUGCCUGGUCCCGUUUUUUCGGGGACCGGAUGCUCGGCCGAUGCUCUCUCCGAUGGAACACCCGAGAGUGAAAGACAGAAAAAAUUGUGAUAGAGAGAUUGUGAGCGAGUGUGUGACAUGGCUCAAUUCUGACAUCCAUUCAUGGCAUUAAGUUUGCUGUCUUGAUGUUUUGUGACACCGGACGAGACACGUGUCAGACAAGAUAAAAGUUUUUUAAAUAAGAUUAGCAAA